AUGGUCUCGUUCGUCAACUGCAUCGUCGCCGCCGCCGUCGCCGUCGCCACCUUCACGACUCCAAGCGCAGCCACUCUCGACGUGAACGAGCUGGCCGAAGGAACGUACUUCAAGCCCUCGGGCCGCUACGUCUCGGGCGUCGUGGGCGCCACGACCCCGUUUCGCCGCUCGCCGUGCCCCGCGCUCAACACGCUGGCCAACCACGGCUACCUGCCGCGCAACGGCCAGAACGUGACCAAGGCCGUGCUGGGGCCCGCCGUCAUGUCGGUCUACAACUUGGGCGAGGACGCCACGGCCACGCUGCUGGCGCUCGUGCCCGACUCCUUCUCGCUCGACUACCUGGCCACGCACAACAUGAUCGAGCACGACGCGUCGCUCAUCCACAACGAUGAAUACUUCGGCGGCGACCCGGCCGCGGUGAAUCUCACGCUGGCCGAGCAGCUGCUCGCGCGCGGCCAGACCAGCGGCACGCUGGGCGUCACGGAGCUCGGGGCUGCGCGCAAGGCCCGACUCGCGGACAGUCUGGCCAUCAACCCCAACAUCACGUUCGGCACGACGCAGCAGACGCUGGCCUUCCUCGAGGCGUCCAUUCUGCUGCUGGGCUUCGGUUCCAAGACCAAUGAGAGCGUGGCGGUGGACACGGCCCGCUCUUUUCUGGUGGACGAGAAGAUCCCGGACGGAUGGGUCCGCGCGUCGAGCGCGAUCAGCGCCACCGAUGCGCGCACCACCGCUGCGAAGAUCGCCGCGGCCUCCGCUUGA